AUGUCCGUAUCAUCAUAUCGGCUGGAGGCAGCGCGCCCCCGCCCUCACCCGCCGCCUCUUCAAUUCAAGGAUUCAUCGUACCAGUCGACGAGUUCCAGCCUAAGUAGUCAGCAGCAAGACUCACAGACACUCCUUUACAACCUCCCCUCCCCACCGUCCAUGCCAUCUCCACCGCCGUCGAGUCCUCGAAGGAACCGACUGACUUCCCCUUCCUCACCGUCGUUUCCUGGCCGCUCGAGAACGCCGAUAAGUGGCGGGCGUACGACACCGAUAUCCAGUGCUCGAAAUAGGUCCACCACACCGCUGGGGGUUUCUCAGAGCGAGCUGGAGAGGUUUGCAGGUCACUGUCGAGCUUGGUACUUCGACCAAGAUGAAGACGCCGGUCGUCUAAUGACGCAGACACUGACUAGUCUCCCUCCCUCACAGCGAGCACCGUUCUCGCGGCUACAGGCGUCCAUUCGAUCUGCAUACCACCAGUCAGUCAACGCACGAAAGACCGCAGAAUAUCGCGCGCAUCUGAGCGCCACGUCCCCCGGAGGCUCUCUGUCACCUGCCUCAAGAGCUGAUCCAUACGGUGCUCUUGCUAAGAAAGAACGCUAUGAUAGGUUCGAUCAAUUCGUGAGGACUUGGUGUACAAUGGGCAUGCCUGGCACUCAGCCUUUUUUCGAAGGUUUGUGGGGUAUCAUGAGACUCGAAGUCGUCCCUCAGCAUCUUGGCGGUGCCGGUGCCCAGCGAAUUGAAUGGAUACUGGAUGAUGCAGUAUUUAAAGAAGCAGCUGGAAAGGACUUCAUGCUGGAAGCCAUUGAUGUUCUGAAAGGGGUGCUUGGCUUCGAGGAAUCAAGUACCUCAAAAUGCCCUUCCCCGUCGCCCAAUUACGACGACGCCAUUGGGUCACCCGCCCAUUUGCGUACACAGUCACAACCUUUAUCCUCGCUUUCCAACCGCGCCUCGAUCGCAGCACCUACAGUUCAGCCGAAACGUGCGAGGGCACCCAGCGAUCCAUUUUUAGACACCCCCGCCCUUUCUGAAUCAGCACCAUUUCCCCCAAGCCGUUCCACCGGAAGCACCGCUGCCGCGAAGACGAUUAACCUUGAUGGAGCUUCUGAACCCCUUAGCCCAUCCACCGAUACGGACGAAGCUCGAAAUAUACCCUGGCGGAGCGACUUUCAGGACAGUGACUUGGAGGAAGACUCACUUCGAAUAUGGACAUCUCCAGACAUAUCUAACCCCGAAUACCUCAGCUUGCUACAGCUCUUUCCUACAUUCAUCACUAGACGCGCGCUCCCUCGCUUCCCCGUCACGCAAGACAGCAGACGGACAGCAGAUAUUGAAGAGGGCGACGAUGAGCCAGAGCUAAGCGAAGUUCGUGUCGGCACAGGGACUAUCCGCUUGGGCCCCAAGGUACGCAGCGAUGGGUGGGAGGGGGGAUGGUGGACUCGCUUCAUCAUGUGGUUACGGAGGAUAUUUUGCUAG